GUUAGCGUGUUAUGUAGUAGCCCAUGUGUGUUGUGUUAUAUUGCGUUAUUUGCUGAACUUAAGAUUUUUUAAGAUGGGGAAAAACAAGAAGAAUGAAGCCAGCGAGUCGGGAAAAAAAGCGGACAAGUCUGGGCGACAGCCGAGUGGAAAGGACAAGAAAAAAGUUACACAACGUAAGAAAGUUACAGAAGAGGACCACCUGAACCACAUUCCGUUCAAGCUGCGAGAGAUCCUGAAGAGCAAAGAGACACCAAAGAGAUCCGUGAAGAAGAAGCUCCAGAAGGGUCGUCCAGGGGGCUCGAAGGUCGGAGACAUCGUGGUCCCACGUUUCAAAAGAAGGAAAGAGGAAAGUGAGGCGGCGUAUGUGCGGCGGAUGGAAAAUGCAGCCAAACACGUCCUCUUCCUCACCAAAAACCAAGUGGACAGAAAGCCUGAGCUGGAGGAAGACCAGCAGGAGAGGCCAGCGAAGGCCAAAUCGGACAGGAAGAGGGAGCAUGAUAAGGACAGAUUACUGAAGCUGCAGCUGAAAAAGCUGGACAAAAAAGAAACCAAGAUGGAGAAAGAGAUGUUUGUAGACAGUGUUGCCUUUGGUGAAGUUGCCAUGGCUCCUCCGUCGCUGAGUGCCAAGCCAAAGAAAGCUCCCAUCAAGCCUCAGAAGGCAACAAAGGAGCUGCUGCUCAACUCUCUGCUCGGCCACACCGCCGUCUCCACCGCCAAGCCCUCCAUGGCCAGGCAGAGGAUCAUGGAGGAGGAGAGGGAGCGGGCCGUGCAGGCCUACCGGCAGCUGAAGAAGCAGAGACAGCUGCAGCACCAGGUCAGGGCUGCCAGGCCGCGGAAAGUCCAGAAGAGUUGAUUAUCUCCCAGAGUCAGUCUGUGUCAAAGACUGCAUUGAACAGAAACUGAGGAGCAGCACUCCGUCAGAGUGAUGGAACUUCACACCACAGAACAAUGACUUUUAGUGGGGAGGAAAGCUGCAUUUGCAUCCCCUUUCCAUGUUUUGAGGAAGUGUGAAACAUUUUGCUUUUAAAAGAUCUGCUGAGUAGAAUGUGACACGAAAAGUCAUCAGUCCUGGACUCGAGUGACUCGAUCAAUACAUGUGGAUUUUAUUGAUUUGCCGUCCUUGAAAGUGCAGUGACUCCGUGUAAACAUCACUUUUCUGUGUGGCCACUAGAGGGUGGUGCUCCUAGAGCUUGUCCUGGAUCUGUCAGGACAAGCUGAUGCUGGUUCAUGUUUUUCUGUUAGUCUGGGUUUAAUGUUGUGAAACAAAUAUCCAGCAAAUUUAAAAAAUAAUAAAAAUAAAGUCUCUAUGAGAUUUAUUUAUUGUUUUCCAUUUCACAUUGUUGCAUGAUGUUUACUUGCAUCUUAACAUCUCUUCUGGAGUCAUUCAAAUGACAUUAUAACCAUUUAAUCCCAUCACUUCUUGUCUGAUUGCUCUGAAACUCAGCUGUACAAAUAAAUGCACAAUUUGGGCAAAUAAAUCUGUUGAGCCUCUGUUUCACUUUGUACCUCUGUGAGCGUCUGGAUCUUGGGAUAAA